AUGGAUAAAGAUGGACCCAAAGAAAGAGCAUCUUCUCCCAAUGAGAACGAGAAUCUGCUCAAACAGCACAACGUCGACUGUCAAAAUUUGACAGCGUCGACCGUCAAAAUCACUCAAACCGCUGAUGACUUUCUUGAGCAGAUCGGAAUAUGGCAUCCUUAUCCACUUUUUAUAACAUUCUCGAUGGCAUCACUGUGGCUUCUUGUCGUGAUGGGAGCCAUGUCGCCUUCUUAUACGGCCCCUUCAAAUCCAUGUUUCGAAAACUGCUCGUUCAUCACUGUUCAGAACGAAUUCAACAUCAAAAAAUCAUUCAUUGAUACUGGCGAAAUGGCAGCUUCUUCAUUCUUUCUUGGAAAUAUGAUAUUCGGACAAGUAUUUGCGGUAUUAGCUGAUCGAAUUGGACGAAAACCGAUUCUAAUCGGCGGAUUGCUCCUAUCGGGAGUUUCUGGAUCAAUGGCUGCUUUUGCUCCAUCGUUUGAAUGUAUGCUGAUCGCCCGAUUCUUUCAAGGCUCCUGUUACACGGCGCUUUCGAUAGUCAAUUGGGUCAUGUGUUCCGAAUGCAUUUCAUUUGCUGGGCACGGAUAUGCAGCAGUACUGUUUGGACUCAACUGGGUGAUAGGAUAUUGUAUCAUAACUCCGAUUUCGAUGUAUUCGUCAUCGUGGCGCCACUUGCAAUUCGCAACGUCGAUUCCUUGUAUAGCAUUCGCAAUUUUGAUGAUAUUUUUGCUACCAGAAAGCUUUUCAUUCUUGGUGGCGAAAAGAAAAAGAAAGGAAGUUCAGCAAUGGAUUAGAACAGCGAAUCGAUAUGGAAGCGACGUUGACUAUGAUGCUCAACAGAUAAUCGAUUCCUACAAAGGAGAGGACGAGAGAACUCUUUGUGAUACUUUGAAAGCAAUUUGGAAUUCGCAAACAUUGGUUGCAUACACUGUUGUGGAAAGUAUCCUCUGGGUAAUUGAUCUUAUGAUAUACUGCACUUUAUCAUUGUCUUCAACGGGACUCGGAUCAAACAAUCACCAUUUAUCAUAUCUGUUAUCCGGAAUCGUUGAGGUUCCUUCGUAUUUUCUGAUACCAGCGGCAAUUGACUGGUUGGGAAGAAAACCGUCGGUAAUGAUGAGUCAUUUGGUAUGUGCAUUUGCUCUAUUAUCGAUGUAUCUGUUCGACAGCAACGAAGAUCCACAAAUAUUUCUGAUCAUUUGGCUGACCGCCAAGUUCUCCAUGACAUGCUCGUUUUUGCUUUGCUUCGUUUAUGGUGCCGAAUUGUUUCCAACGAACUGCCGCACAAUUUGUCUUGGAGCAUGUUCGACAUUUUCGAAUAUCGGAGCAAUUGUGGCCCCACAUGUUCCAAUUAUGGACGCAUUUUUCCCGGGUCUCCAUUACUUAUUCUAUGCAUUGUGCUCAUUCAUUUGCACAAUUCUGGUGACAAUCCUACCGGAAACCAAAGACAAACACGGCGGUCUUCGAAGUCAGCCGCAAUCGAUCGCUUAA